GACACGGACGCCUGCGCAGGCACCGACGACGAGGUCAACUACCUGGAGCACGUGCAAGUGGAGGUGAACAUCGACUACCCCAUUCGCGGGGAGCUGCAAGUGUUCCUCACAUCCCCAUCUGGCACGCGCGUGCAGCUGCUGGGGCCGCGCGCUGGGACGACUCGGCCGAGGGCUUCGCCGCUGGCGCUUCCUGUCCGUGCUGACGUGGGCGAGCGCCGCGCGGGCGCUGCUGCUGCAGGUGCUCGCCGACCCGAGGGCGCGGCGGGCAAGACUGGGCGCCGGGCGCGUGGCGCGAGCGCGCUGCUGCUGCACGGCACGCGCCUCCCGCCGCGCACUUCGCCAACGGCCCGCGCCUCUACGACGCCCCACUACAACCGCGUCAACCGCAAGACCAAAAAGGAAGAACAUUCGGAAACUACGCAAUCAACCGAACAGCAGCCAGAAUCUGGCGACAUUAAACCAGUGGUGGAAGGCCCCGAGCCCGCAGAUUCCCCACCUGCCCCGGCCGUCCCCCAGUACCUGGAGCUUCUGCAGCAACAAAAGGGCGUUUCUCCGCUGGAUUGGAAUGACCUAGAGGGGCUGAACUCAGUAAGUAGACGAUGGCUUCAAGAAGUCUUCCACCUGAUGUGGGCAUGACAUCUGAUCCACACCGAAAUUUCCAUUGGGUCAAAGUACGUAAGUUUCUAAAACUUUUCAUAAACCUCUGUACAGAAGCACAAGUUCACUAAAUAAAAUUAUAAAAUUUAAAGGAGGUAUUUUGAUUUAAAAUGAAAAUUAUAUUUUGGAAAUAACUAAUAUCAAAGAAAUAAUAAUCUGUCCUUACUCUAAAAUUGUAAUAAUAAAUUAUAGCAAUAGUAAUUGGAAAA